GAAUGUAAACAAGAUAUUAUUACUUACUACCUCUUGGAGUAAAGUAGCUCGUUGCAAUUAUGGCCACCCAAGAACCGAGACCUGACUCGUUUCCAGCGCCAUCGAGGAGCGCAACAGGGAAUGUGAAUGGCGUUCCCACAGAGGCUACAUCGAUGAACUUCUCGGACAAGAUUAUGGUUACUCUGUCACAAGAUGGGCGACUAGCACAAUGGUUCCAAGUUCAGCUGUCAGCGCCGUCGUCAGCGAUGGUAGAUAUGGCCCUGCCCAGGUCAAACAUCGGCUCUCUGCCACCCGCCCACCUUACUGCCACCACACUUCUUGGUGCUGGAGGCGACGAGCGCGAGACUAUCGGCCAACUGUACGCCGCGCAAAUAGCUAGCUUCUUGUCCACAAGAAACCCAGACGAGAAGCGUAGCCUGGUUCUUGGUCUGGGUAUGCGCAAAGCAGAGGCUGCAAACGCAAGGGAGGCUUUCUUUGAUGUCCUGGAGCUGGUCCAACAAGUGCUGUAAGCAAGAGAUUUAUGGCGGUUUUUCAUAAUUUCUUCCAACUACCAUACAUAACAUGCAUCGUGUACACUUCGCAGGGUGAUUGGAGUGCUAGAAAAGAAGAUGUGACAGGU